AUGCGCUACGGUGGAGCCUUUGGCUCGGGCAUCGGCGGCGGCGGCGCCUACGGCGCUGGCGGCGCGUACGGUUCCGGACGCGCGCUCGGCUACGGCGCCGGGUACGGCGGCGGCGGCCCGCUCGGCUACGGCAACGGGUACGGCCAGGCGGACUGCUGCACGGUCACCGCCGCCGCCUGUUGCGGCGUCGGCCCCGGCGGCGCCGCCGGCAGCGCCUGCGGCGACGCCUGCGGCGGCGCGGGCGGCAGCACGAUCCUGUCGUACGUGGGGGCAGGGGGCGACUACGUCCAGGAGACGACCUACAGAUACGUGGGAGCCGGCGCUGGCGAGUUCGGCGUCCUCCGCAUCCCCGGCGCGGGGCCCAACUGCUGCUGCGUAGUGAUCCCGUUGCUGCUGGUUCCCCUGCUGCUGCUCCCGCUGCUCCUGUUCUCGCUCGCCCCCGGGAGCACCACGACCACGACUACGACGACGACCACCACGCCAUUCGUUCCGCCAUCCACGGCUCCACCCGACACCACCACGACGAAGAAGACGACGACCACGAGGCCGCCGCCUCCCCCGCCCCCGCCCCCGCCGCCGCCUCCGCCUCCGCCCCCGCCCCCGCCCCCGCCGCCGCCGCCAACGACCACCGAGAAAAAGAUCAACUGCGGCGAAGGUGCCCCAGAGUCGUGGGACGAGGCGAAGAAGGUGCAGUGCUGCCUCAUGGAGAACAAGGGGUGCCCCACCACCUCCACGUCGCCGUGCCCCAUUGACUGCAAUGCUGGAUACAACGACCUCGACCCGCUGCAGUGGGUGCGCGGGUGGUCGGGCGAGAAGAAGCUAUAUUGCUGCAAGACAGCCCAGCGAGGGUGCCCCUCGGAGCUGCCGCCACCCUCGGGCCUGCCGCCCUCUGGCGAGCCGCCCGCCCCCGACACCAGCGUCUACGACUGCGACGCCGGGUACCACCACUGCAUGCACUGCCUCGAGUUGUCGUGGUCGCCCCGGAAGAUCGGCUACUGCUGCACGAACUUCCACAAGGGCUGCAAGGGCGAGGAGCCCGAGUGA